CUUACACAACUCUUUUUCUGGAACCCAAGAAUAAACCUCAGCCCCCUCCUUGUGUAACAGUCAAUUAUCCUCAGAUGCUCUUCUGCCAGAACCAAAACACAAGUGAACCUCAUCUAAGGAGGCUCCUGUCUAAUCAUCUGCUGGUGUUAGCUGUCAUAUGUUUGAUGGGCGGUUAGUGAUUGUAAAGAAUCUCCAGGAACCAGAACUUAUUCUGCAUUGGACCCUUUGCAGAUCACUUAGCAAUGCCGUCCCUGCUAAUGAUUAGCCAGCUGGUCCUCUAUCCCAUAAUGCUGCUGUGUGCCGUCCUGGUCCAAGAACAACCGGAGCAGGUGCAUCUGUCUUACACAGGUGACCCCACUUCGAUGACAGUGACAUGGACGACCUUUGGCUUGACCAAGUCUGUUGUUGAAUUUAGCGCUCUGCCAGGACCAAUAACCUUUAACCUUUCUGCCUAUGGUAAUGACACACUGUUUGUGGAUGGAGGAGAGUUAAAAAGAAAGCUGUUCAUCCACAGGGUCACCCUUCAGGGUCUCAUACCAGGCCACAAAUACGCAUAUCAUUGUGGUAGUGACCUAGGAUGGAGCCCUAUCUUCUCUUUCCGUGCCAUACAGAGUGGCUCAGCAUGGGGUCCACGUCUAGUUGUGUUUGGGGACAUGGGAAAUGAGAACGCUCAAUCCUUGCCACGACUGCAGAAAGACACCCAGAUGGAUAUGUAUGAUGCUGUACUGCAUGUAGGCGAUUUUGCUUAUGAUAUGGAGAAGGACAAUGCCCAAGUGGGAGACGAGUUCAUGCGCCAGAUUGAGACAGUUGCAGCCUACGUUCCCUAUAUGACGUGUCCUGGAAACCAUGAGGAAGCAUACAACUUCUCUAAUUACCGGAAUCGGUUCUCAAUGCCAGGCAACACAGAGGGUCUGUGGUACAGCUAUGAUUUAGGCCCAGCACACAUCAUUUCAUUGUCUACUGAAGUCUACUUCUACAUGGAGUACGGGAAGGAGCUAGUGGGAGAGCAGUAUAAAUGGCUGCAGAAGGACCUUCAGGAGGCCACAAGGCCAUCUCAACGAGCUGAACGUCCCUGGAUCAUCACAAUGGGUCAUCGACCAAUGUACUGCUCAAAUUUUGAUCGGGAUGACUGUGUGCUACUUCAAAGUGUGGUACGCACUGGAAUAUCUGGUGGUCUUUAUGGGCUGGAGGAUCUGUUCUAUAAAUACGGUGUGGAUCUUGAGAUCUGGGCCCACGAACAUUCCUACGAGCGCCUAUAUCCCAUAUAUAACUACACAAUGUAUAAAGGAAGCCAGGAAGCUCCUUACACCAAUCCUACAGCCCCGGUGCAUAUAAUCACAGGAUCGGCAGGAUGUAAUGAGCGCCUGGAUCCUUUCUUUCCGUUGCACCAUGAAUGGAGCGCUGUAAGGAUUGCAGAUUAUGGAUACACUCGUAUGCAUAUCGCCAACAAAACCCACAUACAUAUCCAACAGGUCUCCGAUGAUCAGGAAGGAAAAAUUGUUGAUGAUUUCUGGCUAAUUAAGGACAGACAUUGAGAGGAGAUGGGAAUGGUACCUCCAACAUAAUCCAUAGAUGGCAGAAACUCCCCCAUUGACGAAACUGUGGCAAAACAGUGCCUGCUGCUUCUAGGCAUAAUUUCUGCACCAUAUAGAGGGUUCAAUUUUGGGUCUGAAGCCGCAUUUCUUAUUUCUGUAUAAUUUGUAUAAUUACAAGUAGAAUAUUAUAAGAUUUCUUUCAUGUAAUUAGCAAGAGUCCAUGAGCUAGUGACGUAUGGGAUAUACAUUCCUACCAGGAGGGGCAAAGUUUC